AUGCCAAUCUCACCCUCCACUCUCCUACACGUCUUAUCCCUCGCUGCGGUAUCGCUCUCUCCCGUACCUGCUCAAGCUCAAUUAGCAAACACCUUUAAAUAUGUGGGUCUGUCGGGAGUGUCGGCGCAGCAGUUGUUCUUGGGUACUAUGAACAAGGUGUAUAUAGUUGAUAAAACCGAAAACAACAACGCCACUGUAAAUGGUCAUCCAGCUUGGGCAACAGAGUACGACCUAACGACCAACACCUUUCGCACGAUGGACGUAUUGUCCAACUCGUUCUGCGCGGGCGGUACUGUCUUAGGAAACGGAACGUGGUUGAACGUAGGAGGUAAUCAAGCGAUAACGUACGGAGGAGUAGCGAUGCCCACUGCUCAACAGUCUGGUCAAUCACCUUAUAAAGAUUGGGAUGGGGGCAAAGCUAUUCGAUUGAUCGAUCCAUGCGAUGACGAGUCUUGUGAAUGGGUGGAUGACCCUACGAUGUACAUGACUUCCAGAAGGUGGUACCCCACUUUGGAAACGCUGGAAGAUGGUUCGGCAAUGAUCAUGGGUGGAUGUGAAUGGGGAGGGUAUGUGAAUUAUGCGGACAAUCAGAAUAAUCCGACUGUCGAGUACUUCCCAUCUAAAGGCCAGCCAUUCACGCUCAAUUUCCUACUCAAGACCAUGCCCGUCAACCUAUUCCCAUUGAUAUGGUUACUCCCCUCUGGCAAUAUGCUCGUUCAAGCUGAAUUUCAAGCUGAGAUAUUCGACUACAAGAACAACAUCGAAUAUCCCAUUAACGAUAUACCGGAUUGUGUGAGGGUAUACCCCGCUUCGGCAGGUACAGCGGUCUUCCCCAUGACUCCAGAGAACAACUGGACAGCCACGAUCAUCUUCUGCGGAGGGACGUUCCUGGAAGCUGAUCAAUGGACGACCACCUGGGCUAUCAAUACCUACCCUGCUAAUCAGAGUUGCGUCAAGAUCUCACCGGAUGUGGAUUUGACUUGGUAUCAUGAGGAUCCUUUAGAUACGGGACGAUCUAUGGGUAAUUUCAUCAACCUCCCUGACGGUCGACUGUUCUACGUCAACGGAGCACAUCUCGGAACAGCAGGCUACGGGACUGAAGACUGGACGAUCGGUCAGUCAUAUGCGGAUCAACCAUUAUAUCAAUCAUGGUAUUUCGACCCAAAGGCCGCGUCAGGUUCGAAAUGGUCUAAAGCCGCUGUGUCACCUAUACCUAGGAUGUAUCAUAGUGUAGCGAGUUUGUUGCCGGAUGGAAGUGUGAUCGUAUCGGGAAGUAAUCCGAAUGCUGAUUACGUCAGCAAAGAACUCAACACAACAUAUACCUACUUUACGCAAUAUCAAGUGGAGAUCUUUUACCCUGACUAUUGGGAUAAACCUAAACCUAAUCCAACUGGAAUGCCAAGUCAGAUAACCUACGGAGGCGAUCCAUUCGAUAUCCAUCUCACCUUAUCUGACCUGGCGAACAACACGAUGAACAUCAAUGCGACUCGAGCGGUCAUCAUCCGAACGGGCUUUUCGACACACACGAUGAAUAUGGGUCAAAGGCAUGUGGAAUUAGAAACCAGCUUUACGACUCAGGAUGAUGGUGGGGCGGUGUUGCAUGUUGCUCAGAUGGAACCUAAUCCUGCUAUUUUGGUUCCCGGUCCGGCGCUAUUCUUCAUAGUGGUCAACGGCGUCCCCUCCAACGCAUCUUGGAUAACAGUAGGAGACGGUACGAUAGGCCAACAGACGAUCAAGGCCAAGAGCGUCUUACCUCGAUCUCAGAUAUCAGCUCAGUUGAUGGCUCAGUAUGGAGGGUCGUAUAGUAGAAGUGGGAGUUACGUAGUAGCUGGACAAUCAGGUUGUAGGCUUAGAAGCGUACUCGAUAUUGGACAAAUGAUAGGGUUGGCCGUCAUGGGUUUGGGUCUGAUAAGAUUUCUGACAUGA